AUGCUCACCGCCGCCCUGCACUCCGCGCUCGCCAACCCCGUUGGCCUCGCGACUAGCGCCACCGACGACAACACGGCGCCCUUUGUAACGGAGGCGGAACGACAGAUGAAGCGAGAGCCCGACAGGCUAAACCAGGAGGACCUGAAGCCCAAGCAAGGCGAGGAUGCGUGGGGGCCGCAAGAGAAAGGCGACGGCGGAGAAGCAGCAUACGGUGCCUCUAUGAAGUUGGAUGCGGAGGAGCCGCGUGCGGAGAAGCGCGAUCAUCAGGCCAUGGCUCUUAUCGCAGAUCCUUCGCCGGGUCUCAUCGGCGCUGUCCGUCCCGCCAGUUCCCCGGGAGGGAGGCCCGCGGAUGACGGAGGCGGUGGGUCGGCCAUCAACCACAACACUGAGAACGGAGCGAUAGGAAGCCCAAACAGCAACGAGGAGACAGUUCCCAAGGACCCACCACCGAAGAAGCCCAAACGUGAAGAAGCUGACACCAGGAAUGGAAAAUGA